UCUUAUAGCAAAAUAGUAUCUUUUUAUCUACACAUCUUUUUUAAUUAUUAUUGGUACUUAGAUUCCACGAAACUAUGUACGAAAAACUGAAAGGAAGUCUUGGAGCUCCGACAGCCUUAAAAAGGCCCUAGAGGCAAUUAACGGAGGAUCGUCAAUUCGCAAAGCUGGACGAGACUUCAACAUUCCCGAAUCCACGCUACGUGAUCAGAUGAAACUAGCAUCUCCCAGCGUAAGUUUAGGCAGAAAAGGUAUAUUUACUCCCCAACAAGAGCAAGAAAUAGUAAAUCAUGUGAUAAAACUAGCAAACCUUUUUUAUGGUGUAACGCCCAUGAGCCUUAGAAAAAUUGCUUUUGAUUUUGCUGUAAAAAAUAAUAUAAAGCAUAAUUUUAAUAAUCAAAAACAAUUGGCUGGCAAGGAUUGGCUGUACCUUUUUAUUAAGAGGAACCCUAAAAUAAGUCUUCGGCAACCUGAGGGCACCAGUAUUAAUCGCAUUACUUCUUUUAAUGCUGAUGAAGUAAAACGAUUUUUUUCUCAUCUAGAACAAAUUUACUCUAAAUUCCAUUUUGCCGCAAACAGGGUGUAUAACUGCGAUGAAACGGGAAUCAGCAAUGUACCUAAUAAAAGUGGUAAAAUUUAUGCUGCUCGAGGGUCAAAGCAGGUUGGAGUUGCCACCUCUGGCGAGCGAGGUAGAAAUGUUACAGUUAUGUGCUGUAUGAAUGCGGCUGGCGGAUAUAUACCACCAAUGUUCAUCUAUCCUCGUAAGCGUAUGAGUGCUAGUUUGGAAACAGGGGGGCCAGUAGGUGCCAUUUAUCACUGCUCAGACAAUGGGUGGAUUAAUCAAGAUUUGUUUCUCACCUGGCUGGAGCACUUUAAGAAACAUGCAAAACCAUCUUUGGAUGAUCCAGUUUUGUUAGUGUGUGACAAUCAUGGGAGUCACAUUUCUAUAGCCAUGCACGAUUUUUGCAAAAAGAACCACAUUCAUGUCGUGUCGCUUCCCCCUCACACAUCCCAUAGAACGCAACCAUUAGAUGUGUCCUUUUACAGUCCACUGAAAAAUGCAUUUUACCGGGAAUGUGAUCUCCACCUAAAGCUGACAGGUCAUGAAAAAAUAAACAUGUCUGAGCUAGCUAAUUUAUUUAAUAAAGCAUAUGUCAGAGUGGCAACGAUGGAAAAGGCGGAAUCUGGCUUUCGCUGUACCGGAAUCUUCCCUUUAAAUGUGGAUAGAUUUACAGCUGAUGAUUUUGCCCCAGCUGAGCAGCAUCGUAACAUUUCUAUCGCAUGUAACCUAGACGAAAGUGACGUUCAAAAAAAUCCUCAAGUAACAGAAGUCAAUGUAACAUCAAUUGAAGACACAAUGACCAGUGUACCAUCAAAUUCAGAAAGAAAAGAUACACAACCAAGUACAUCAACAGGUACAAAUUGUGAAAAAAACCUAAGUGCAGCAUUUGUGAGCAUUGAAAAUAUAGCACCUAUUCCAAAAAAAGUCCGUAGAAAUAUUAAAAAAGGUUCAACUCCUUGAAGAUCAAAAAAAGAGAGAAUCAAAAGCAGCAAAAGCAGCUGGAAAAAAAGAAGCAAGCAAGCUUAAGCCAAAGAAA